AAGCCAGAUAGCACAUUAGCAUAAAAAUGCUCAUUACAACGAUAAUUAACAUAAUUUUAGGAUUUUUUAAACUUCUAUAUAAAGGUUAAUUAUUAACAAAUCUGCUAUAAGUUUUGUAAAUUUUUUCCAUUGUUAAUAACAUCACAGGGACUAGUGAAAGUACAUACAUUUUAUAAAGUAUCAUUUUUAAGGGACAUUUUUAUACAUAUUUGAUUACAAAUUAGGAACAAAAUUUUUUCCAUUUAAGAAUAGCAUAUAUUUAUUUGCACAGAUAAACUACGCUUUAUUAACUGUUUAUUCCAAAAUUAAAAAAAUUUUUUUAAAAGAGUUAUAAGCUUGCAAAGUUAACAAAUUCUGAGGGGCAAAGACUUUUUGUGCGGACAUUAGCUGCCACAAUCCUCUCUCUUCAUCUAGACAGCCGCUAAUUGAAAUGGCCUACCAUCAGCAUCCGUCCAGUCAAUGUUCUGGCCCAACAACAGAUACUCCAGGAUGCCAACUCCCCGUACCAGGAACCGAAGCUUCACUCGUUAAAGAUUUGCCUGUUUCCAAUAUUGGACACGAAGAUUUAAAAACUUCUGGACCUUGGGAUGAUUCUCAAACAAGGACUCUGUUAGGAUGUUAUCCGGAAGUAGAAGGGGUGACAAAGGGAAGCGAUACAUUGUCUAAAGACUUUUGGCUGAAGAUAAGCGGAUUAAUGAAAACAAAAGGAAUUUUAAAAACUUGGUUUGAAUGCAAAGAAAAAUGGAAAUCGUUAAACCGAACAUACAAGUCGAAUUUAGAAAAAAAAACAAAACAGGAGAAGGUCCUGUUACAUGGAUGUAUUUCGAUAUUAUGCAUGAUAUUAUGUAUAAAAAACCGCAGAUUCAACCAGUAGCAGUGGCUUCGAGCAUAUCGGGAUUUAAGAAACGCAUUGAAAGGGACGUAGAAAAUAUUAAAGAUAAUGAGCCAAUUAAAAAAACCAAGAAAAUGAAAGAAAAGGAACCGCCAUUGUGGUGGCAGGAGGAGUCGAAAAAAUCAUCAGAACGAUAUGAGAGGCAAUAUGACCUCCAAAAUAAAAUGGUAUCAUGUUUCGUUGAUUUUAUAAAUUUAAAAAAAAGAAAUACGAAGAUGAAGAGAAAAAAAAAUAACGAAGAUGAAGAUAAAUUGUAGUGCGUUCUCAUUAGUUUCGAAUCGAAAUAUCUGUAGUCAUCGGUACAGCCGACAUCCGCUACAAAGGAAGAAAAAAAGAAGAUCAAGAAAGCAAUAGCAUAAAGUAGGAAAACUGCAAUAUUCAUCAUUCUGUGAUUCGUAAUGAUGCAGUUAAGUCAACUUUGACAGUAAGGCUUAACUCUGCGACUAAAAAAGCUACUUUUGUUCAAAUAAGUAUUAAGUCUUGCAAACUAGUCAAUUUUAUCAUAAUUUUUAGGGUUCCGUACACCUACGGUGUAUCGGCGGAACCCUAUUGG